CUCGCUCCGCCACCUUCUUGUCGCGGCACACAAGGAGGGUCCCAGGACAUCAAGAAGAGAGAGAGAGAGAGAUGGCACCGAAGCCCCCGGCUAAGAAAGCGGCCGAGCCCGCCGCCGUCGCUCCCAAGCCACCUCCCCCCGAGCCGCCCAAGGAGGCCAGCUUCGACCCCGCUACGGUCAAGGUCGAGUUUUCACCAGACCAGAUCGAGGAGUUUAAGGAAGCCUUCUCCCUGUUUGACCGCACGGGCGACGUCAAGAUCACGUACUCCCAGUGUGGCGAUGUCAUGCGAGCCCUCGGCCAGAACCCGACCAACGCAGAGGUCCUGAAAGUGCUCAACAAGCCCAAGCCAGAGGAGAUGCUGAUCAAGGACAUGGACUUUGAGACCUUCUUGCCCACGCUGCAACACGUCGCCAACUCCAAGGACCGCGGCACUCUGGAGGACUUUGUGGAGGGCCUGCGCGUGUUCGACAAGGAAGGCAAUGGCACCGUGAUGGGCGCUGAGCUUCGUCACGUCCUUGCGACGCUCGGGGAGAAGAUGACUGAGGAUGAAGUAGAACAGCUGAUGUCUGGACAGGAGGACAGCAAUGGA